AUGGGUAGAUCAAAAAGCGAGGGAAGUAUAUCCGCUGCAGUACGGGAGACCGGGGCGCCUGAUACGCCGGCGGCGGUGGCGAGGACGCCGACGACGGCGAUGGCGACGACGGCGAUGACGGCGGUGGCGACGACGCCGAUGACGGCGGUAGCGACGACGCCGACGACGGCGAUGGCGACGACGGCGAUGACGGCGGUGGCGACGACGCCGAUGACGGCGGUAGCGACGACGCCGAUGACGGCGGUGGCGACGACGCCGAUGACGGCGGUGGCGACGACGCCGAUGACGGCGGUGGCGACGACGCCGAUGACGGCGGUGGCGACGACGCCGAUGACGGCGGUGGCGACGACGCCGAUGACGGCGGUAGCGACGACGCCGAUGACGGCGGUAGCGACGACGCUGAUGACGGCAGUGGCGAUUACACCGACGACGACGGUGACAACGACGACGAUGACAACGGCGAUGCCAUUGCCGAUGCAUAACAAAAAUACGGCGAAGCCGGGACCACGACAGAACAUGAGAAAGUGUAUCAAUGAGGCGGUGAAGCGUGCAAUGAACAGGCAAAAAAAACGAGGGCAUAAUUGCUCCUAUAUGCCUCCUCCGCACUCAGGAUAUGUGCCCAUAUCUGCGGCACAGGCAGGAUAUGUGCUCACGCCUCCUCCGCACUCAGGAUAUGUGCCCAAUCCUUCGGUACACGCAGGAUAUGUAUCCAAUCCUCCGGCACAUGCAGGAUUUGUGUCCACGACUCCGGCACACGCAAGAUAUGUGCCCACGACUCCGGCACACGCAGGAUAUGUGCCCACGACUCCGGCGCACGCAGGAUAUAUUUCUAUGGCUCCAGCACACGCAGGAUAUGUUUCUCCGACACACGUUGCAUAUGUCUCCGCGCCUCCGACACACACAACAUACAUCUCCGCGCCUCCGACACAAUCAACAUACGCCUCCGCGCCUCCAACACACGCAACAUACAUUUCUGCGCCUCCGACACACACAACAUAUAUACCUAUAUAA